AUGAGCUUCCUCAUCGAUCAGCCUGCGGUUGGUUACUACUAUUACCUCAAGAAAGACAAGGAGGCUGAACCAGAAACUUCUGAGAUCGGCAGACCACUCAAAGAUGAUGAAAUUGCCCGUUGGUGUAUGAUAACAGGUACACCAGCUUCUGUAGCCAAUUUGGCACUCACAAACAUCGUACCUGACGCUGAUUUGGUCAUCAGUGGUCCAAACUAUGGCCGCAAUUGCAGUACACCCUUGGUACUUUCAUCUGGCACUGUUGGAGGCGCUAUCGGUUCCGCUAUCCGAGGACGGAAAGCGAUCUCGCUUAGUUACGGCAUUAUGUCCAACCCAGUCUCUCCAGAAGCUGUAGGACAGGCUAAUGAGAUCGCCUGUAAUCUUAUCAAUCACUUUAUCGCUAACUGGAAUGACCAAGUUGAUAUAUACAGUAUAAACAUACCAUUGUUACCAGAUCUUAGAAAAUCGGUUGCAAAGUAUACCACAAUACAGAAGAGUUCCUUUGAGAGGCUUUUCCUACCUUCAAGUCCAUCUGAUCCUACUAAACCAAUUGUCAAUAAGCCUGUCAUAGAGGAUGGUGCACCUUUAUCAUUCGCUUGGGCACCAGACAUCAAAGCUCUAAUCGAGUGUGCACCGGAGACUCUUGAUAAGGAUACAGACUCGCACUGUUUGUCGGAAGGUAACAUAUCAGUUGUACCCCUGAAGGCUAACUAUGAGACAUGCUACUCAAGUACAAAAGAUUUAACACUUCCACCACAAGGAUCCCAAAUAGUAUUCUAG